AUGACGCGAAGCGUCCCUAAUGAUGACGUUGAAAAAAAGUUAUAUAUUCAUGAUGUAGCCACAGACAUCAAGGACAACAUCUAUGUACUGGUCAGAUACGAGAAGAAGACUGGAUCUGAAGGAUUUUUUGUUUAUCAAUUUAGCAACACCGCUGGCCUGCAUCACAAGUUUCCUGUGAGGGAAGGGUUCUUGUACAGUCUGACAGUCAUCAACAGUCAAGUACUGGUAGUGAGUUGGUCCAAAGUGGGUGUGUACGAUACUGAUGGACAGUUUGUUCGUUCGUUUGGAAACGGAAUAUUGCGCUUUGCGGAGGAUAUCACUGCUGCUAAUGAUGGCCAUGUUAUGGUAGUGGAGUGGGUUGAUUCCCGUGUUCACAUAUUCAGUGAAGACGGAAACCAUCUGAAUCAAUUUAAACUCCAAGGAUGUUAUUUCUAUUUCAGAAUUGCAUUUCACCGGUUGAGUGAACAUGUCGUCAUCGCCGUUAAGAAAGAAGAGCCAGACUACCCUGGUCUCCUGCAUGUGGAAAUAUUCACAAAAGAUGGCGACUUUGUGCGCAGCACUCAGAUCCAUGAAGAACGAAUUCACCGCAUUACAGGAAUGACGGUGACCAUGGAUGGACGAACUGCUGUUCUUCUGAAAGAUACCGAUGACAAAUGGAAAGUACAUGUACUUGUUAUAUAAAACAUUAAAAGUAAUAUAUAGAUUUAGCCA